UCCAUCGAGAAUAAUAUUAGUAGUUUCUACUAUUACAAUUAGAUCCCCUAAUUUGUUGGUUAUUUACCCUAUUCUAUCCCUAUUGAUUAGGAUGCAACGAGAUCAUUUCGCGCUAUUAUAUACUACCCUGUAAUCAAACUUUAGUAAUAUCAAUUGAAGAAUUAUCUUAGUUUUGCCCUAAUUUUAGCUCGAUUUCAUUCUUAUUGAAGUUUUAACUCGACUUGCACCAAUUAGGGUUCGAGUUCGAUUGAUUUGAUAGUUUGAUUAAUUAAUUGUGAGCUCCAGAAUAACUAAUGGACCUGUUGUGUAAAGUCUAUGGCGGAACAUCUGAUGAAGAAGACGACAAUGGUGGAAAGGAACUUUCUAGACCCAUAUUGCCACCACCGAAACGGGCCAAGUUCGAGAAUUUUAACCGAGUUAACAACCCUUUGCCCCUCUACAGGUUCAAUCCAAACACGAAUCUCACGGCGCAAGCUUCGCUUCCAGGAAGGUACAUUUCUAAGCGAGAACGAGCUGCUAUGGGUUCAGCUGCAAAAGUUCCAGACGGGCCCACCACACCGCCUUACCCUAAUACUUCACCAGUUUUAGGGAACAUUUUGGAUUCAGUUCUGCCACAUAAUAUUUUGUCAGCUUUAAGAAAUCAAACUAAAGUCCAUGGACACUUGAGCCGUACGCCGGAAGGACUCUCUGUAGUUCUUGAUGGACACACAAGAUCAGUUAAUGCUGUACACUGGUCUACAAGUCAUGCUCACCUUCUAGCAUCUGCCGGAAUGGAUCAAACUGUCUGCAUAUGGAAUGUCUGGAGCAGAGAUCAGAAGAAAGCACGUGUACUUAAUUGUCACCAUGCGGCUGUCAAAGAUGUGAAGUGGUCACAACAUGGUUUAUUUGUGCUCUCUUGUGGAUAUGACAGCACAUCAAGGUUGAUUGAUGUUGAAAAAGGAAUAGAAACUCAGGUUUUCAGUGAGGACCAAGUUGUUGGAGUGGUAAAAUUUCAUCCAGAUAAUUAUAAUCUCUUCCUCUCUGGAGGUUCGAAAGGCCAUCUUAAAAUAUGGGAUAUAAGAGCUGGGAAGGUGGUCCAUCAAUAUGUGCGAAAUCUUGGUCCUAUCCUUGAUGCUGAAUUUACAGUUGACGCAAAGCGAAUAAUUUCAUCAAGCGAUGUAUCCAAAAGCAAUAUUAGUGAAAAUUCAAUCAUUGUUUGGGAUAUCUCACGAGAAAUCCCUCUAUCUAACCAGGUUUACAGUGAAGCGUAUACCUUGCCCUCAAUAAGAUGCCACCCUUCUGAUCCAAAAUUCAUAGCACAGUCAAAUGGAAACUACAUAGCAAUUUUCUCUACCAAGCCUCCUUUUGGACUUGACAAGUACAGGAGAUAUGAAGGCCAUAGUGUUUCUGGAUUCCCUAUAAAAUGCAAUUUCAGCUUGGAUGGUGAGAAAGUAAUAACUGGUUCCUCUGACGGAUACAUUUAUGUUUACGACUCGAAAUCUUGUGAGCUCAUCAGAAGGAUCAAGGUAUAUGAUGGAGCUUGUAUCGAUGUCGUCUUGCAUCCUGUCAUGCCUAAUGUUGUUGCUUCAUGUAGUUGGAGUGGAGAAGUUUCAGUUGCAGUGACAUAGAAUGUAUAACUUUAUGAAGGGAGCUGGAGACUACCUAUUAAUGUGAUGACUAAAAGGCGACAUAUAACUUCUGUACAGGAAAUAAGGCAUUACAUACAACCAAUUUGGAACAUUAGAUUUUA